UUGAUUAUGACGUCACGUGUUUAGUCCCGCCCAGCGAUCUUGUACCCGGAAGUUUGCAUUAGUCAUUCGCUACCAGUUUCAGCCCAAAGCGAUUUUUUCACGAUAUAGACGCAGCCGUCGAAGACGGCACAAAUGGAGUUAUUGGCGCCCAUGCGUCUCUACACUCUGUCUAAAAGACAUUUUGUGUUGGUCUUCGUGGUUUUCCUGGCUUGUUUCGGCCUCACAGUCUUCAUUGGAAUUGCAGGUCCAAAGAUACUCUCUGAGCAGGUGUACAGUGGGGAUCAGUUCCUUGCCAAAAAUGUAUCAGUUAAUACUGGGCCCUUCAAUCUAAAUUCCCCACCUCUGACCACAUAUCACCAGCAGCUCUGGCUCACCUGCCUGAUGCAGGCCGAACACAUUAAUGUGGGCGACUUCCAGCAGCCCUUCAAUAUCACCGUGGAGCUCAAAGGUGUGAUGCAGGACGCCACUGUGACGCACAUCAGCAGCGUACGCAGCAAGUCGAGAACCCUGCACUGCGGCGCCAAAUGCGACGAGAUCAUCGUGCUGCAUCUGGGCUACCUCAACUACAACCAGUACCAGGUCACAGUCAGCUUCAAAGGCCUUGAAAAUAUCACAUAUGAGCUCAAGGUUAACUUUGUGUGGACAACUUACAAUCCAAGCUUUUCCCAAGUGGAGAUCUGGUUCCGCUUUGUUUUCGUGGUGUUGACCUUCAUGGUGACGUGUCUCUUUGCUCACUCGCUGAGGAAGUUUUCCAUGAGGGACUGGGGCAUCGAGCAGAAGUGGAUGGCAAUCCUGAUGCCUCUGCUACUACUCUACAAUGAUCCGUUUUUUCCGCUGUCGUUCCUGGUGAACAGCUGGUUUCCCGGCCUGUUGGACGCCUUCUUCCAGGCACUGUUCCUGUGCGCCCUGCUGCUCUUCUGGCUCUGCGUCUACCACGGCAUACGUGUUCAGGGCGAGCGGCGAUGCCUGACCUUCUACUUGGUGAAGUUGGUCAUCGUGGGCCUUCUGUGGCUCUCGGCCGUCACACUCGGCAUUUGGCAGACGAUCAACGAACUCCAAGACCCGACCUAUCAGUACAAAGUCGACAUAAACAACUUUGAGGGCAUGAAGGUGUUCUUCCUGAUUAUCGUUGUCCUCUACGUCCUCUACUUGAUCUUCCUGAUUGUCAGAGCCUGCUCGGAACUCAAGAACAUGCCUUACUCAGAUCUGCGGCUCAAGUUCUUGACAGCGCUGACGUCUGUGGUCCUGGCCAUAAGCUUGGUCAUUCUUUACUUGCGGUUUGGUGCCAAGGCACUCCAGGACAACUUUGUGGCCGAACUCUCCACUCACUACCAGAACUCAGUCGAGUUUUUGUCCUUUUAUGGGCUGCUCAACUUUUACUUGUAUGCAUUAGCAUUUGUGUACUCACCCUCCAAAAAUGCCCUUUAUGACUCGCAGUUGAAGGAUAAUCCUGCUUUCUCCAUGCUGAACGACUCGGACGACGACGUCAUAUACGGGAGCGAUUACGAGGACAUGGCUUUACAAAACGGACGUGCCUUCAAAGCAACCGCCAACUUCCAGGACCAGAGCGAUAGCGACUGAUGUGGUAGAUACAAACAAACAAAAAAAAAAGCAACAUGUGUAUGUGUACAUAAGAAGUAUUUUCACAAUGAUCCGUUGCUCAUGUACAUAUGUAUAUUUUUGAAACAGGACCACUUCCCCAGAAUGUACUGUAUUGUAGUACUACUGAAAAUGAAGGCACAUACCUUUUUUUUUUUUUUUUUCUAGAGUCACAAGUUUUAUUUGUGCCUCACGACUGGCAUUUUGUUCACUACAAAGGUGUAAAUAAAACCACUCUAAAAAGGAAAAAAAAAAAAAAACAAAUGAUGAGGAAAAAGUUGUAACGUUAUGAGGUUAUAGUUGGAAUGAAUGAGUUAUCAAGAUUUUAGGAGAAAAUUGUCACGACAUUGUGAGGAUAAUGUCAGGUUCGCAGCCUCAGUGACGGAUCGGUAAUGGCGUCCGGUUAGAGCCGGGCUCAUGCAACACAGGACGUUUGAAACAGGAUUUUCAAGGAAGCAAGACGAGGAACUUUUACUUGCCGAGGAGAAUGCGGGUUGUGUCAUUCACUCUUUUGAACAGAACUCAACUUACCCUGUUGUCGGAAUCAUGUCAACCGUCGGAUCCCAGCUGGUGGGCCUGAGACCAGUCCCGGAAGGGCUCUUUAGACUCAGCAGGUGUCUGCCGUGGUCUUUCUGGUAUUCAACACACCCGCUGGAAUUCCUCAUGUGUCUCGGAAUCAGACUCGAAGGACUAAGUUAGCGUCAUGUUUACGCAACCUCGGACGUUUAAAGGAGGGAAGACAAGGGGAACUUAUACUCGCGAGGAGAACGUAGGGGAUGUGUACAGUCCCAAUCUCCUGCCCGUUCUGCCCACAUCCCUCCGAACGCUCUCUUUUAUUUACUUAGGGCGGUCCGCAACGUGAUAAACAAACGUGAGUCUCGACACGUCUUCUACUAACGAUCGUAGAGCGCAGAUUGUUCCCGACGCACCUUUGCUAGGCACGUGAUGUCAGGAAUGUUUACAUUAUUUUGUUAAAAAAUUACAUAACUUUACGGACAAUUAACCCGACAGAUAAAGCUCUACUUUUCCAAGAAUAAAGUUGUAAUGUUACAAGAAUGAAGCUAUCAUCUACGUAAUUGGAACGGAAUUUAUUUCAGGAGAAAAGUUCUGACGUUACAAGAACGUUGCAAUAAUAUAGAAAGUACAAUUAAAAAAAUACAUUUCUAAAAUUCUGAGGAAAAAGGCUGUGAUGAUAAAGUUAUAAGAUAGUCGUAAUGUUAUGAGAAGAAAGAGAUUAAAGUUUCGAUAUUUCUACUUUAUUACGUAGGGUUCACUAAUUCUGUGACAUUAUUCUUUUCAGUGUGACCCCAAAUACUCUUUUGUACUGAACAUGGGAAGUAUUUCAAGUACUGGAAGAAGUGCUGAUAUAUAUAUUUGUACCUUUUUGUUGUUUAAAACUAGACAAUCCUCACUUUGUAUAUUUCCAUCCUCACCACCUUUACUUUCUCCUACUACUGUGGUCUUCAUUGCCAAGCUACCGUGUGACAAAAAUACUGACAUACCAUGUGACCAAAGCUGAAUUUGAACUUUGUGACGGCGUGUCGAUCUCUUCACCCAUGUAAGUGCCAAAAACUGCGUUUCACGUUUUUUUACGUUCUGAGAAAAGCAGAAGUUUUCUGAAUGCACUUUAAUUUAUGUGAACUUUCAUACCGUAUUGUUUGAUUGAUUAUACAGAUUUGUAUGUUAUCUACUACUGUUGAUAAUUUCUUAUACUACUAUCGAGUCAUCUUUGCCUCUACAUGGAAAUCAGUGUAUACAUUUUUUUUUUCCGCCACACAAUGCAGCAGUGGCGUCAAAACGAAAUAUCAUCACUUGAAUCCCAGACAACACGGUGCCUUUUCUUAUAAACGGCCAGCAUGUACAAGCCCUCAUCUUUCGAUGUGAAUGUAACGUCGGUUUUGAGUGCUGUAACGAGACGGCGGGUCCUGACGUGUUUCAAAUAAACAAAGGGGGAAGAAGAAAAAAAAAAGAUCGCUUGGGAAUUAAUAAAGCAGAAAUGGCUCAUUUUUAUUCACAUCUCAAUCAUACGACUGUGGAAAUGCAGCCAACGUGGCUGGAAAACGUUUAGAUGGCCAGGCCGAAAACGCUGACGAUGCAACACAUGGACUUGUUCUCCCAUUUUACUGCACAGCUUCCUGUUUGGAGACAAAAGACAAACACUGUAUUAGAAAAUAAUAAUUUAAAGCUAUUAAUAUGUGGAAACCCCUUGACAAUUAGCUAUUCAUCGAUUUCAUGGAGUUUUUUUUUUGUUUUCGGAUUUUGUAAAAACCCAGAACAUGUCAUUCUUUUAUUUCUGUGGAUAAUGAUGCCGGAAAGAAAAUGUGUCAACAAAUGUUUGUUAUGGGGAGAAAUAAAGGAAAUCCUUAA